AGGAGGGGACAUGUGUUUUUUAUUUCGUUUAAGUUGGGUGUUAGUCAUGGGAAAAAAUGAGAGAAAUGUGCAGAGGAGUUGGGCUGAAAUCAUGUGUUGUUUGGAUUAUUGGUCCUGCAUACAGCUCUUCUGGCCAAGAGUCGUCAUGCGCAAGUGGCUCAACAUCUCCGCCAAAGAUUCUGAUUACAGCGCCGACACGGAGGACGAAGACGACUGUGACGCCGACUCCGACACCCAAGAGUUUUAUCAACGGGGAAGAGAUUCGAGGUUUAAAGAUAUCAAAGAAGAUGAGACUGCGAGUGAUGAUGCUAUUGACGAUCUUCCAAGGGCACGAAGGCGAAUGUCAGAGACUCUUAGGACACAGUAUAUAAACACAAAGGAAUUCAGAGUAUUUGCUACAACAUGGAAUGUUGGAGGACAAAUUCCACCCGAUGACCUGGACAUUGAUGGUUGGUUAGAUGUCAAUGAGCCAUCUGAUUUCUAUGUGAUUGGUCUUCAGGAGAUUGUACCAUUAAAUGCUGGGAAUAUCUUUGGCGCCGAAGAUAGCCGCCCAAUUACUAAGUGGGAAAACAUUAUUCGUGAAACACUGGAUAGAGUUCGACCUGCAACGAGCAAGGUUAAAUCCUUCAGUGAUCCUCCAUCUCCAUCAAAGUUUAAGCCAGCUGAUGAUAUCCCUGAUAUAGAAGAGGAGAUCCUACUUGAAAGUGAUAGUGAUAUUGGUGAAGAAGUCCAUCCAUUGGAUGACGAAACCAUAAAUUCUGGUGACAGCAAGGGUAUAUCAGUCACAAAUGAAAUAGUGAAUAUUGGUUCUCAAGUUCAAGAAUUUACUGAUAGCAAACCAGGCAUGCCAACCGGACAGGAUUUACUGAGGCAAAGUUAUCCUGCAAAGAGAUUGGAUAGGUUAUAUAGCCUUCAGACAGAUGAUUGUUCAUUAGAUGAUGAAGCAACUUCUGGUGUCCAAUUUAAUGGCAAGUUAACCAGAAUGCUUAGUGGAUCUGAAAGGAUUGGUUUGAGCUGGCCGGAGCCUCCAUUAAACUUGCUAUCUCAGCACUUACUAGAAAGACGGAAUUCCUUUCGAACAAUGAAGUCUUUCAAAUCCCCAAAAUCUUUGAAAACGUACAAUUCUGUCAAGUCAACUGUGAAUGAUGUGCCAUCAGAAAUAGCAUUGCUUGCAGAGGUUGAUCUUGAAUCUCUCAUGAAACGAAAAAGAAGAUCAUCCUAUGUAAGGAUUGUAAGCAAGCAGAUGGUCGGGGUGUUCCUAACUGUAUGGGUUCGUAGGGGGUUGCGUAAACAUAUUCAGAACGUUAAGGUGUCUACUGUUGGUGUUGGUGUUAUGGGAUACAUUGGUAACAAGGGAUCUAUAUCUGUCAGCAUGUCUGUAUAUCAGACACUUUUUUGUUUUGUGUGCACUCACCUGACAGCAGGUGAGAAAGAGGCAGAUGAAAUAAAAAGAAAUGCUGAUGUGCAAGAAAUACAUCGGAGAACUCACUUUCGUUCGUUUUCUGGUAUUGGGCUUCCCAAAACUAUCUAUGACCAUGAAAGAAUAAUUUGGUUGGGUGAUCUAAAUUAUCGUCUUAAUUUGUCAUAUGAGAAAACACGAGAUCUUAUCUCCCAAAAGGCGUGGUCCACGUUGGUUGAGAAGGACCAGCUUGCAAAACAGCUUAAAAAAGGCCGUGCAUUUGAUGGAUGGUCAGAGGGUGUUCUAAAUUUUCCACCAACGUACAAGUAUGAGACCAAUUCAGAGAAGUACUAUAGGGAGGAUGCAAAGACCGGGAGGCGAACUCCAGCAUGGUGUGACCGCAUUCUUUCAUAUGGACGAGCAAUGAGGUUACUGAGUUAUAGAAGGGCUGAACUUAAACUUUCUGAUCAUCGGCCAGUGACUGCCACAUAUGCAGUUGAGGUUGAGGUGUUUUGUCCUAGGAGGCUACAACGGGCCCUCACGUUCACUGAUGCCGAGAUUGAAAAUGAGGACAUCGUAAUGGAUAUGGGUAUUGAUGUUGGAGUGAACUGCUUAAAAUUGGAACAGGAUAUUUCUGAUUGGGAGCGUUAAUGGAUGCGAAAAUUCGGUGGGAGUUGGUAAAACUUGUGAAAUUUCUUACGUUUACAUUUACAGGGAACAUUCAUUCUUUGGCGUGAUUCAAGGCUCGUUUGGAUGUACUUUUAAAAUGGCUGAAAGCGCUUUUAGAGAAAAUGUUUUUGGGUUCCAAAUGCACUUUAAGUGCUUUCUGCAAGAAGUACCAGUUAUGUGCUUCUUCCAUGAAGCACUUUUAGUAUUUUUCCAGGAUUUACUUGCAUUUUUACUUGGUUCCAAAAAUAUUUUCACCAAAAACGCUUUCAGUUAUUUAAAAUCAUAUCCAAACGAGCCCUAAUUUGUCAGCACUCAACAGUGAUGCAUGUUGCAGUUAGAUAUAAAUAUUAUAGGUGAUUUUGCGCAUUCGUCGGAGAGCAUAUUUAGUCGAGUUGAGUCGGGUCGAGUUGAGCCGAGUUGAAUUGAGUCGGGUCGAGUUGAGUCGUAGAGAGUAGGUUGUACAGUAAAGUUGGAUAUUUAUACAUGUGUAUCUUCAAUAACUGGUUUGUAUUCAAAUUACAAAUUCCUCACUAAUUAAUAGUCGAUUGGCUCAUA